AUGGAUGAUAAACCCAAUUUCUUCAACUAUAGUUAUACUCCCGGUAGACUUUGGGUGGAGUUUAUCCUCCUAGCGGUGAUGUCCUUUGACCGCUACAUGGCCAUCUGUAACCCCCUGCGCUAUACCAUCAUCAUGAACAGCAACGUCUGUCUCCUACUGGUUCUGGGAUGCUGGGUAGGAGCCUUCUUCUCAGUGUUGUGCCCAACUAUUGUGGUGUCCAGACUGCCCUACUGUUAUAAAGAAAUCAGUCAUUUUUUCUGUGACAUUGCCCCUCUGCUACAGGUGGCCUGCAUAGACACUCAUUUCAUUGAGAUGAUAAACUUCCUCUUAUCUUCCCUCGUCCUCCUGACCUCGUUGGUACUCACCAUUGUGUCUUACACCUACAUCAUUUCUACCAUUUUGCGCAUCCCCUCAGCCCAAGGACAUCAGAAGGCAUUUUCCACCUGUGCUUCUCACAUCACGGUCGUCUCCAUUGCCUAUGGGAGCAACAUCUUCAUGUAUGUGAGGCCCAGCCAGAGCCGUUCGCUGGAUUUUGACAAAGUGACUGCUGUUCUCACCACUAUGGUGACGCCUCUUCUGAACCCCUUCAUUUAUAGUCUAAGGAAUGCAAAGGUAAAAAAAGUUUUGAGAGAAGCAAUCAGCAAAAUCAUGUCCUUAUUACACAGGAGAACUUGA